AGAAAAAUAAAUAAAUAAAUAAAUAAAAAGGGGGAGAGGUAUGUUUCCCUUAAUUAUAGAGAGAAGGAAUUUAAAGCUUUGUAGACGAAUGCAAGACAAUCCUCAUCAUUCCUGAAGCUACUUUACAGAUUUCUUUCAUUUCAUUUCUCAGAUCAUUCAGAGGCGCAAAACAAACUGUUGAAUUAUAGAUAUAAGCUUUCCAUCUUGCUUGUAUUUGGGAAAAAAUAGGAUAUAUAUAGUGUUCAAUUGCAUCGGUAAUUAGAGUGAGAAUCGAGAAAGAAACGCGAAGAGAGCGUGUUGUGAUUGUUGGAACUUUGUCUUUAAAUUUAGAAUCGAAGAGUUGAUGUUUGGGUCUGUUGACGAUCGGUUGGCAGCCGAAAGGAAGGAACCAAGUGUGGAGGAGCUCUACAAUGCAACGAAAUUAGUUUAUCAGAUUGAGCAGUUUUGAGAGGUUGUUGACUCAUGCAAGGAGCUGUAGAGGAAGCAGAUCUUGAUGUUCAGAAGAAUAUGAUGAGAUAACAUGUUAACAUUAUGGGCUGAAAGAAAAUUUGGCAAGCAUUCCAUGAGUCGGAAAAAUCGUAUGAGAGCAGAAUCUGGAACUUGUAACGUCUGUUCCGCUCCUUGUUCAUCUUGUAUGCAUCGCAACAUAGUUAUCAUGGGAUCAAAGAUUGAUGAGUUCUCUGAUGAAACAUGUCGUGAAACGACAGCAAGUCUUUUUUCUGGUGUUGACAAUGUUGGCUCUAAAGGUAGACCAUGUGACAGCCUUCAACAUGCUGUCAGUGAAGCAAGCAACCUGCUCAGUGCCAAUUCCAGUCCUGAUUCUUUCUCGGUGAAUGCUGAAAGCAAAGCUACUGUUAGGUCUUGUGAUAUAUCUGUCACUUCGGAAGAUUAUGAUACUCAUCCAAAGUUGUCGUCUGGUGGAGAGGAUAAAAUAUCUCUGAAACCUGACUGUGUUUUGGAUCAGAGAAUCUUCUCUCCUAAAUAUAAUGAUGCCAAGGGUGUGGAAGGACAUGAUGAUAAUAUGUCAAGUGUUAGCAGAGCCAGUGAUGCCGAUACAGCAGCCAUUCAUGAUGAAAGAUUUGUAGACAUUAAGAAUUUAUCUCAUAGUUCAGCAUCAGUUUGUAGUUUAGGUCCAGAAGGAUCUAGGAAGGCACCAUUUUCCCAGAAAUUAGGCUCCUCAGAGAUUCUUCCAGCAAAAGAGGCUGAUACUGGUUGUGGUUCUCCAAAGGUUCAAAGUCCAUUUUCUCAUUCACGCAGUGAUAAGUCGCUUAUUGGAGGCUUCCCUGAAGCAUGGACAAAAAUAUCUCCAAAGUCAGAAGAAGAAGUUGAGAAGGAUGGUGGGGACCCACAAGAUGAAGCUUUUAAGAAUUCAGGCCAUGAUGAACAUGAUUUGAAGUUGUUGGCUGAGUCACCUGACAUGCAGCCUCUACAAGCAGUGUCUGGGGAUGAGAGUGAUGAGUCAGACAUUGUAGAACAUGAUGUAAAAGUCUGUGAUAUUUGUGGGGAUGCAGGACGAGAGGAUUUGCUUGCUAUUUGUAGUAAAUGCAGUGAUGGGGCAGAGCACAUCUAUUGCAUGAAAGAAAUGCUUCAAAAACUUCCUGAAGGUGAAUGGCUAUGCGAAGAAUGCAAGUUUGCAGAGGAAACUGAAAAUCAGAAGCAAGUUUUAGAUGCAGAGGAUAAAAGAACAAACAAUUUAAGUACACAAAACUUUGGUAAGAGACAAGCUGAAAAUCUAGAGCCUGCUGUGGCAGCUAAAAGACUGGCUGUUGAAACAAGUCUAGGACCAGCAAAAUCAUCCAGCCCUACCAGAACAGCUGCUUUAUCACGGGAUAGUUCAUUCAAAAGCAUGGAUAAGGGGAAAGUAAAGCCAGCAUCUUUUGGUAAUAUUUCCAGCGCUGAUGUCUCAGAAACUGCACGUUCUCCUAGUGGUCUGCUGCUUCAGACACCCAAGGGUACUUUAUUAAAAUCCAGUUCAUUCAACACCUUGAAUUCCAAGCCAAAAUUUAAACUUGUUGCAGAAGUUGUUCCUCAAAAACAGAAAGGCAGCAGAGAACAAGCAACCUUUGAUAUGAAAGAAGGGUUUUCUAGAGCAAUGAACAAAUCUCAGUCAUUUAAAUCUGCAAAUUUUGGGCGUACAAGUACUAGCGAAUCAAAAUUUAGAACCCUUUCACCUCGAUUGUCUCAGGAUCUGAAAGGACUAAAACAAGUGAAAGAGCGUAAUGUAUUUGAAAGGAAAAAUUUGUUGAAGUUGGAUAAGUCUCAUGCUGGUUCAGCAACAGCCAGUGCUGCUAUUUCAACACCCAAGGUUGAGCAAAAGCUCACAUCUCGUGGUGAAACAGUGCCUCUUUCAUCUGCAGGCAAUAACCGGGAAUCAAAGAUUGUGAAGUCUGAAGGAAAAGCAAACACAUUGUCAAAGUUAAACAGCAAUCUAGCUCGUAGAGGUGCAGAAGUCCCAGCUUCUCUGGUUAGAGCUUUGUCUAUGAAUGGAAUGUCGAGUUCUGCUACUGAACAGAAGUCUUUCCUUGUUGUCCCCAAGGAUGAGCCCUCAUCCGGUUCUUCUUGGACUGCUGAUAGGCCAUCAAACAAUGUCAGUGAAAUUCUGCAAGAUAGACUACCUCGAUCAUUGGAAUUGACAACUCAGGGUGAAAAACCCAAUGUUUGUCAUCCAAGGCCUUCUACUACUACUGGUUCAAAAAAUGUUCCAUGUCAAAAGUGUAAAGAAAUGGGUCACGAUGUGGAAAGUUGCCCCAUUUCUAGUCCACAGGUUUCUGGUUUUGAUAUACCUGCUGGAAAGAAUUCUGGGGAGGAGAUGAUCAACGGUAAUAAGUUGAAAGCUGCAAUCGAGGCCGCCAUGCAUAAAUUGCCUGUAUCAUAUGGAAGGAAUAGAGUGAAUGAUCAAUCAGAUGGGUUGUGCAUGACAAGUGUAGAUGGGUUGUGCAUGACAAGUGUAGAUUUGGAUUGUGAAGGAGCUUCUCAAGAGCAAUUUUUGGUCUCAAAUAUGACAAAGAAUAUGAUUUCCUUGGAAGAAACACAUGAAGCACAAACUAAUAUGAGAAACUGUUCCUCUGACUCUUACAAACAAUCAACUAUCAAUCAAGGCAAACAGUUUGGUGCCAAUUCCACUGAUUUGAGAGUUGGGGAUCCAAGUUCAACUGCACACCUUGGAAAGGCUCCAAUGAGGGACUUGUCUGGAUACACUUUGGCAGCAUCAUUUACUCUUUUGAAGAUGUCAGCCAUCCCAGAGCAUGAAUACAUUUGGCAGGGGGGAUUUGAAGUACAUAGGGGAGGAAACAUUCCAGAUUUAUACGGUGGAGUUCAAGCACAUUUAUCAUCAUAUGCAUCACCUAAAGUUCUUGAAAUGGUGAACAAAUUUCCCCAGAAAAUUCAAUUGAAUGAAGUACCUCGCUUGAGCACAUGGCCAAUGAAGUUUCAUGAAAGUGGUGCAAACGAACAUAAUAUUGCUCUUUAUUUCUUUGCGAAAGAUCAUGAGAGCUAUGAGAGCAAUUACAAGUGUCUGGUGGAUAGCAUGAUGAAGAAUGAUUUAGCACUGAAGGGAAACCUAGAUGGUGUGGAACUCCUGAUUUUCCCAUCCAGCCAGCUUCCUGAGAACUGUCAGCGUUGGAAUUUGCUAUUUUUUCUAUGGGGUGUAUUCAGGGCAAGGAAAGUGAGUUGCUCUAAUGCCUCAAAGAAUUCAAGUAUUAUCGGUGGUUCAUAUAUGAUGCCCUUAGAGAGGGAGAUGUCUGCUGAUGCCAUAUCUUUGUCUCAGAAGCUAUGUUUGCCCAAGCAUGUAGAUAAAUUUUCAUCUGCUUCUGAUAGUUCUCAUAACAUAGCCCUAGAAUUCAGUUGUCCUGACAAGACAGGCACCACAGUGAAUGGGGAUUAUGAUAACAAGGUGUCUUGUGAUGAGCAGACAUCCUUGGGUUCACAGGUCCACUCUCAGCAACAAGAUGGACUUGACUCCAGAUACACUCCAAGGACUGCAACAAUAACUCAAUUGUCCAAGGAAAUGAGAUGCACCAGUUCUCCCCUGGAAAAGUGUAAACUUCCAGUUUGCAGGCGGGGCACUGAGCUCAAACCCUCUCUCAAGGAAAUUAAAACUGAUGUUGGCAAAAUUGAGAAGACAGAACAUGUAGUUUCUCCAUUUGUUGAAGAAGAGAGGUUAGAAUUAAAAGUUCUCCCUUUAGGUAAUGAGGAGAAUGUUGUUUCUGCGAAGAUGCCUGAUUUAAUGGUAAGGGGAAGAAAUCAAGUUGACCUUGAAAGGUGCUUGAAGGAUGAUGAUGGUUAUAUAGACCUAGAAACUUCCUUGGGUAGAAACCUGAACUUUAAAGGUCUCAACUGUCAGCAGUCCAAUCACCAUAAACGCCCACGUUUGGAUUUAGUGGAAACUUUGUCAGAAAAUUCUAGUAGCACAAGCCAAAAAAUGACUUGGAAAGAAGCAUUUGUAGACGGAGAAAGUACUAGUAAGAAGCCAAAGACAUGUUUUAGUGGAUCAUAUGGAUGUAGUAGUUCUAGAGAUAGAGAUUCUUUCAGUGAUGGAUUUUCUUCACAGAGAGAUGAUCUGCAUCCUAGUUCUACAGUUGAGGAUAAGAGAUGUGAUGUGUUAUGUGACAAAAAAGUUAUUCCUGAGGACUCGGGAACUGCAGAGAGGUACUUCUUUCCUGUGGAUUCACAUGUAAAGGAUUUUCAGUUGGGGUCUGACCCUAUGCCAUGGAAAGCACUCUCAUCAAAAGAUGAGGAUCAAUUUCAUGAUGGGAUUCCAAAUCUCGAACUUGCUUUAGGGGCUGAGAAGAAACCACCAAAUAAGGGAAUGUUGCCUUUCUUUGUCGGGUCAUUAGACAAAAAUAAUAACCAGGACAACGGAAAGGCGGAGGAUGUGUCUGCAUCCCUUUCCCUUUCCCUUUCAUUCCCAUUUCCAGACAAGGAACAACAAACUGUCAAACCUGUUCCAAAAACAGAGCAGCUUCUGCCUGAAAGACGUCGUGUGGAUACUUCACUGUUCCUCUUUGGGGGUUUUCUUGGACAAAUAGACCAACAGUAAAAUCUCACAGUUUGUACAUUAUUGUGCCCCAUUUGGAAUUAUGAAUGUCUAUGUAUACAAAGAUCAUGUGCAAUGAUCAUCAUGGGCUAUAUAGGAGAUCUACUUUUCCAUCUGUUAAUAACCACACAAGACUUAUAAUUAUUUUUCAUUUAGAUUUUCUGGUUUUUUGAGUGCAUAGUUAAAGGCUUAUUGUAUAUAAAGAGAAUCGAAGCCAAGCACAGUUUGAAAUGCCACAAGAAAUUUGCAGGAGUUUUGAUUUCA